AUGCCGUCCAUCAAAUUCGAUGAUAGUCGCAUCAAAGACUACCCUGACAAACGUCUGCUGGACUACACUCGAGCAUAUUUCAAAACGUUCACUGACCCCGAUCCUGAGGCGAUGAGGGAUUUCCAGACGAAGGACUAUACUAUGACUGACAUUCCACUCUGUAUCGUGAACGUCGAUCGUGACACCUGGUAUCAAGGCAAUAAAGCCUUCGUGUCAAUGACUGCGGAGACUCAAGUGGUAGCACUGUCCCUUGCUGGAAGCUCAGCCCCCGGAUCUUUCUCGAUCAUGGAAAAUGCCAUCAGUUUCAGGCUGACCGCUGACCCACCUCCUGGCCCCGAUAAAAAUCUACCCCCUGGGGCAAAAGCCGGCGAUAUGGUGGGUAUGAUCAUGCUGAGCGUGCUUUGGUGGAACAACGAGGGGAAGGUAAACCGCGAGCUUGAAUACGGACGAUUGACAUGGGACACUUUUGACCUCAGUGCAUGGGACAGGGCAAAGCGGAGGGGUGUCAAAGGCCUGUAUCGUUUGUGA